AUGCGCGUGACUUGAACACGUGAAGCCAACAUGGGCGACAAAAUACAAGUCGACCUAGACCGAGCACAGGUGAAAAAGGCCGUUUUAGCCCUGCAGGCCUUCCUGAAAACCCAGUCGGCUGCCAGCAAAAAGCUUUUCACGGACGAGUCUCAAAAGAUAAGCAUACUUUUCACCCUCUGGAAGAUCCCUAAAUGUGCUCAGACCAUUCGGAUUCCGUUGCCUCACGGCCAACGUGUGGACUCGGAAGAAGUUUGCCUGUUUACUAGAGAUGAACCCCAAAUGACCGGCGAGCAAACACAGAGGUUUUAUAAGAAGUUGCUGCAAGAGAGGGGGGUUCAAAAUGUCACCGAGGUCAUUCCCUACAAGAUCCUCAAGACGGAGUAUAAACAGUUUGAGGCCAAACGAAGGCUGUUGGGGAAUUUCGACAUGUUCCUUUCCGACGAGCGCAUCCGCUUCCGGCUGGCCACCCAUAUCGGAAAACACUUCUAUGAGAGGAAAAGGGAGCCCCUUUCGGUGAAUUUGCUGAGUAAAAAUUUAGCCCGAGACGUGCAGAAAUUGGUUCAGGGCACCAGUUUGAAGGUCAACAACAAGGGCUCGUGCUGCAUGGCACGUAUCGGCCACACCGGCAUGACUGCCGACGAGUUAACGGAAAACAUCGAGGUGGCCGUUCAAACUGUGAUGGAAAAAGUCCGUAUGAAGGGGCCCGUGAUGAAGAUCAUCCACUUAAAGAGCGAAACAUCCGUGGCCCUACCCAUCUACGCUUCCGGCCUGGAUCACCUGAGAAAACCUGAAGAGGCAGAGGCCGAGUCGCGGUCCGAGAACGCCAAACAAACCUCCGUAGAGGAUCGAGAAAAGAAGGCAAAGAAAAGAAAGGUCGAAGAGGAUGACGACGAAGAAAUCCCUCAGCUGGUCCCCAUAGAGACCCCAAAGCCUAAAGCAAAGGUUGCGACCGAAAGACUUGAGCUGCUUUCACUGAAGAAAAGGCAGCCCGCUGAGAGGAAACAUGCAAAUAUCCUGCUCAAACUGUGCAAGACAAAAGCUGCCAAAGGAAAAGGAAAAAAACCUAAAGUCAAAUAA